AUUUCAUACACAAGGUAACUCAAGUCAGUCAAUUGUUGGACAUCUCUAAAAGAUUAUCCAGAACAAUUAUCCUUUGGUGUGGGGUGUGUUAAAAGUGAUUUUUCUUCCCCAAUCUGCUCGGAAAACUGCUCGAGGCUGACAUUUUCCCAUCUACGGACUCAGCAAUUGUGGUAGCAAACAAAAGCGAAGUACACACAUGUACACACAUACCGAUAUUCGGGAAGGAUCAUACUGAUGAUCGGGCCCUUUUUGAGUAAUUUUUCCUACUUUCUGAUCCAAGUCAGUGAAGGCUCAUUUGUCUGACGUCUUUAAAAAAAAUUAUCCAGAGUGAUAGUCCAGUAGUGUGAUGUGCGUUAAGAUUUUUGUUUUCUAAUAUGUUCGGAAAAAGGUUGGGGACCAACAAUUGUAAAAGUUGAACGCGCAUAAUGAUAAUCGAGUCAAUUUUGACUGUGGUCUUUUGUAUUAUUUUGUAACUCUCAGCAAUUUAUACAUGUCGCUAUAGUCAUAACAUAUUCAAAGUUACAUUUUAUUACAAACCAAAUUUUACUGUGAAAAACCUCAGUGUAGAAACACUUGUCAUGCCCUUUAAUCCACUCAAGGGGUUAAAUGCAGGUUUGACAUAAGCUUGCUUUGUGUAACAUUGGCGCAAGCGUGUAAGAACAAAGUAGCUCAUUUAUUUAUAAGCAAUCUCCCCGCGUUCCCUUAACGUCACGUCCACUGACAUAGCAAAGUGCCUGCUGUUCACCAGCGACCGACGCUGGAGGCUCUUUAAGGGCCUUUAUUUUGGAUGGAGACAGAUGGGCCGAGGCUUCUCAGUGCGGCCUCCGGGGCGGGGGUCGUACUACGGCUACGACUUGUACAAGGACCCGAGUUCUGCCUACUAUGACAACGUGCGCCCGUUAGCAUAUCCCGACUCGGACGCCGUCCUCAUCUGCUUCGACAUCAGUCGUCCGGAGACGCUGGACAGUGUUGUGAAAAAGUGGCAAGGAGAGACACAGGAGUUCUGCCCUAAUGCCAAAGUGGUGCUGGUGGGCUGCAAGUUGGACUUAAGGACGGACGUCAAUGUCAUGAGGGAGCUUUCCAAACAUCGACUCAUUCCCGUCACCCACGAACAGGGUACGCAUCUGGCGAGACAGAUCGGCGCCGUGGCCUACGCCGAGUGCACCUCCAAGUAUUCGGAGAACACCGUCCGCGACGUGUUCCACGUUACCACCCUGGCGUCGGUAAGGCGCUCCCCCCGGCCCGCGCUCAAGCGUGCCGGCUCACGGCGGGGGCUCAAGCGGGUCUCGCAGCAGCCGCCCCGGACUGACAUUCACGAGCACCCGCCCGCCAUCAGGAAGGAGCGCGCCAAGAGCUGCGUGAUCAUGUGAGCCGCACGCCAACUUAAUUUAUUGUGUCCCAAGUCUUUGCACUGCUUUAAAAAAAAAAAAGAAUAAUGUAAGAUAAACCAUAGAGUGUAUUUGUUUUUGUUUUGGUGGAGCUGCUGAUCCAUAACAAAGCACAAAACUGGCAAACAAACCAUUGAACUGGAUAAAUGAGACACGCACCAACAACCAAUUUCCUAAGACCACAAGUGCUUUGAUUAUUAACACCACAUAUUAAUGUUGCUAAAUGAAUAUUGUUAUAAUACUGGGAAGGUGACUCACAACGGGUAGAGGACAAAGGCAGAUGUCAUUUUGUUCAUGUGACAAUGAAAUAAAAAAAAAAACUUAACACUG